AUGCUGGUGUGCACAUAUUUAUUCCAAAAGGAGAUUUGUUUAGACGUUGGUGUGGAAAACCUUGUCCGGGGCAUAGUACACCCAACCAGUGCACUGCUUGAUUCAGGCACUAACAGCAUCUUCAUAUAUCAGGUCUGGGCAGAGCAAAUUGGACUCCCCCUUGUAAAAUUAGAUGUAUCUAUUCUCGUCUAUAACAUUGACAGUACACUUGAUGCGGGUGGCUGCAUCACGCACAAAUAUUCUUUUGUUGCCGAGUAUCAAGGACACAGAGAACGAGUCACUGCCAAAGCUACCCAACUAGGCAAGAUUAAUUUAAUCUUGGGCUGUACCUGGCUAUUUAAAUACAAUCCUGAGAUCGACUGGCAGACAGGGGUUGUC